CCAUGAGUUAACUGAGCCAACGGGAAACGUGAUGAGCCAGCGACAACGAACGACAGCGAGAAGAUGCCAAAUAAAUCAGCUUGGGAUGCUUGCCUUCUUGAGAGAGUUUCGGAUGAAAAUUUCAUUGAAAAUCUUCGACACAGAUAUCAACGGGAUCAAAUUUAUACCUACAUCGGAACUUCGAUCGUAGCGAUAAAUCCAUACAAACCACUUUCUAUUUACACACCAGAUUUAGUUAAAAAUUAUGCAAUCAAAGGUCUCUUUCACUUGCCGCCGCACAUCUACGGCCUCAGCAACUUUGUGCACGAAUGGGCCACAGACUUCAACGAGGACCAAAAUAUCGUCACAACGGGCGAAGUUGGCUCCGGCAAGACCGAAACGAGUCGCAUGGUGGUCCAUUUUCUGACAAAUGUCGCGGAUGAUCCGGUUGAGUUGCAGAAGGCACGUGAUCGAGUCGAGCAGGCGGAUGUCGUCUUGGAAGCUUUGGGCAACGCGACAACGUUGAAAAAUGAGAAUUCAAGUCGAUUUGGCAAAUAUUACGAUAUUGAGUUCGAUUUUAAAGGUGACGUCGUUGGCGGACAUAUCUCACAUUAUAUGUUGGAAAAGUCUCGAUUAACUGGUUUCAUGCAAGGAGAACGAAACUUUCAUAUAUUUUAUCAAUUGCUUUACGGAGCGGAUCUUCAUUUUUUGAAACAAUUAAAAUUGCUCAGAAAUUUAGACAAAUACGAGUUGUUACAUGAUACAAUCGCAACAGAGGACGAUAAAACAAACUUUUCUUUCACUAAGAAAUCAUUAGAAAUUCUUGGCCUAACCUCAGAUGAAAUAUUGUCAAUAUUCAAGAUAAUAGCUGUGGUAUUAAAAUUAGGAAAUUUGUUGUUCAUACCAACCACUAAUAUUGACGGUACCGAGGGAUGUAAAGUUUCUGAUGAAUAUGAAUUAAAUGAAAUAUCACAACUUUUAUGUAUAGAUGAACAAAUAUUACUGAAUUGCCUUACAAAGUCGGGACCGAAUUGGAGUCAAUUAGAGAAUGGCUCAGAGUUGGAUGCAUUCAAUGCAACAAAAUUAAAAUAUUCAUUAUGCAGAACAUUAUAUGGUAGAUUAUUUACAUAUGUUGUUAAUAGAAUUAAUGAAUCAUUAAAGUUCAAACAAUUAAAUCGUGGUAAGAAUAUAGGCGUAUUAGAUUUUUACGGUUUCGAAAUAUUAGAGACAAACUUAUUCGAACAAUUAGCAAUAAAUUAUUGCAAUGAACGUUUGCACCAAAGUUUCUUGCAAAAUGUGCUCAAAUUCCAGCAAGAUUUGUACGUGCGCGAAGGCCUCGAAUGGACCAAAAUCGGCUAUUUCGACAACGAAAUAAUCUGCGAGCUCAUCGACAAGCCGAGUUACGGCAUUUUAUCGCUGCUCGACGAGCCAAAGGUGAUGUGUGACGAUGGCUUCCUUGCGCGCCUCCAUCAAUGUUGUUCGGGACACUCGCAUUUCUUGAUACAAGAUCCAACGUUGCCGCCCAAUUGCUUUCAAAUUCAUCACUUUUGUGGGCCCGUCACAUACACGGCUUCGUGUUUCGCGGAGAAAAAUCAGGAUUUCCUGCCAAAGCACAUCAGUUCGGGCAUGUAUCAAAGCAAACUUCCGAUCAUGCAGCAUCUCUUUCCGGAGGGCAAUCCGAAGAAAGCCUCGAAGAAACCGACAAGUAUAAGCUCAAAUUUACGCACGUCGUUGCAGGCGUUGCUCCAGAACCUGAGUCAGCGCAGGAAUCAUUACGUUUUUUGUAUUCGUCCGAAUGAGUUUAAGGAGCCACGGGCCUUUGAAUUGCCGCUCGUGCAACAUCAAGUGCGGUAUCUCGGAUUGAUUCCAUUGACAAAUUUGUGGCGUACUGGUCACUAUUUUUGCCUCAGUCACACAAAAUUCUACAACAGAUACAAGUUACUUAGCAACCAUACAUGGCCAAAUUUUAGCUCAGGUCCCAUUUUUGAAGCAAUUGCCAUUAUUAUCCGAAGUGUUCCUUUGCCGGCAGCUGAAUUCACGAUCGGCAGCAAGAAAGUCUUCAUUAGGAGUCCAAGAACGGUUUACGAGCUCGAAGACUUCCGCAAAACCCGUUUGCAUUACCUGGCGAUCCUCAUACAAAAAACUUUUAGAUGCUACGCCAAACGGAAGUAUUUUUUGAAGUUACGAAAAAGUCAAAUUAUCAUCGCAACUACAUGGAGAACGUGGCGGGCACGCGAGGAAUAUCGCAUCAUAAAGUACCGCAAACAGGUUGAAUGGGCAAUUGGAGUAAUUCAACGUCAUCAUUUCCUGUGGAAACGACGUGAAUUCCUGCAAACGCUCCUGAUAAGGUUGCCAGCGAACAGUAUGAGUCCCCUUUGCAACGAAUGGCCUUCAGCACCUGCAUUUUUGCAAGAGACAUCAAUGUUGCUGAGACAAAUUUAUCACAAAUGGAGGUGCUACAAGUAUCGAAUAUCCUUCGAUCAAACAUCACGAAAUCGCAUGCGAGAAAAAGUCACCGCCAGCAUCAUAUUUCGUGAUCGGAAGGCCUCGUAUGCGAAAAGUGUGUCACAUCCCUUCCACGGAGACUACGUUCGUUUGCGCCAAAAUGUUCAAUGGAAGAAAAUUUGCAUGGACACCAACGACCAAUACGUGGUUUUUGCGGAUAUUAUCAACAAAAUUACGCGUUCGAGUGGAAAAUUCGUUCCUGUCCUUUUGGUUCUUUCAACCAACUCAAUGUUACUUCUGGACCAAAGAACGCUCCAAAUAAAAUACCGCAUUCCCGCAAGUGAAAUUUAUCGCAUGUCGCUAAGUCCGUAUCUCGAUGACAUCGCAGUGUUCCAUGUGAAGGCGGAGGAUGUUAACUUUGAGUUAAUGCAAUCGGUUGAGUCGCUACCAACAGGUGGUUGUAUGUUCCAGUCCGAAUUUGGUCGAAAGAAGGGAGAUUUUGUAUUUCAAACGGGACACGUGCUCGAAAUUGUGACAAAAUUGUUCUUGGUAGUGCAAAACGCAACAACUAGACCACCCGAAGUGCAUAUUAGUCCAGAAUUUGAGGCGAAUUUUGGACAACAAACCGUUAUAUUUACCUUCAGAUGUGGCAGUUCCGACCUUGCAUACACGCAGCCCAAGGUCACGCGAAAAGGAAAUCGCAUGGAAGUUAUUGUCUAA